UAAGCAUAUGGGAAUGGGUUGGCAUCAGUCGCUGCAGAUAGAGAAGUUGUUGUCAGGGACUUGAAGAGGUUUCAUUAUAUCAAGGAAGCAGGGAAAUGUUCGUACAAUGACUACCGGUGAUCUUUAUAAACACAUCGGAUGAAAAGAGUGGUUUCAUGUUAUUUUUGUUGAGUUCAAAGAACAUAAGCUUCGUUGUGAAAAAAUUUACAACAACUGUCCGUUUUGUGAAGUACUGAUGAUUUCGGCAUAGCAGCAAAUCUCUUUGUUGAAUGUUUUACCAAUUGAUCUAGCCAGUCACCCCACGUCAUCGUCAUUCGUCACAUCAGCCAUGGGUUUGACUGGUGGACUGAGCAGAAAUAUUGUUGAAGAAAAAAGGAAUGGUGGUUCUGAGUAUUAAGUAAAUAUCUACAUUUCUGAGAAAUUUCUUCACCACCAAAUUUUAAGUAGUAAUGGUGAGCAUUCCGGAGGAUAUCAUGUCAGACAUCCUUGUUAGGUUGCCGGUGAAAUCGAUUGGACGGUUCAGGUGUGUAUCAAAAGCAUGGUACAAGUUAUUAAAAGGUAGUGAGUUUGUUAAAAUGCAUCUUGAACUUGCUAAUAAGAUGAACAAGUUUAAUAUCAUGCACCAUAAUUUUACUGAAUUCCACACCAUAGGUUAUGAUCCAUCAUCAACAACAUGUAGUGAUCUUGUUAGUACUGUCAAUUGCCCUUUAUCAUCUGAUGAUUAUCGUGGAUAUGUAUUUUGGGGGUCUUGUAAUGGUUUGGUUUGCUUAACUUGUUGUGAUGCUAGGGAGAUCAAUCCUCCUAGCAUUGUUGUCAUCUGGAACCCGUCUACUAACGAGUAUAAGAAAUUGCCAAUGUCACCAAGUGAAGAAUCCAUUAAUAGAUUGUCACCAACUGUAAGGUUCGGUUUAUUAGUACAUUAUGGAUUUAUUUAUGAUUCCAAGAUGGAUGACUUCAAGGUUGUAAGUCUAGGGAUUUAUAAUCAUAAGUAUCUGUGUGAGAUCCAUGUCUACACGUUAUCAUCUAAUUCAUGGAUAAGACUUGAGGACAUCACUUAUGAUCUUCAUAACCAUUACGCUACACCUGAAUUUUCUCGGGUGUCUGCUAAUGGAGCUCUUCACUGGAAAGCAUAUCGUGAACCAAGGGGAAAGAAAACUGAAGUAAUCCUUUCUUUUAAUGCGGAGAAAGAGAUAUGCAAAGAGAUCCAAAUGCCUAGCAUGUUUGAUGGAAUGUAUUGUACAAAUUUGUGCGUGUUAAAAGAGUCUCUAUGCUUACUUGGUUAUGUUUCUCUCUUAUGGGUUGAGUUAUGGGAGUUGAAAGACUAUGGAGUGACAGAUUCAUGGACAAGACUUUUCAACAUUGAUAUUCAGAAGCUUUUCGGGCAUGUUUCACAUUUGACACCCUUGCGAUCUUUUGAUAAUGGUGAAAUUCUAUUUGGAAUGGAUAGAAAUAAUGCAUUCAAUGUGGUUUUGUAUGAUCAGGAGCAUGAAACAACUAGGGAACUUGAGGUUUAUGAUGGUAUGAAAACGUACUCAUAUUGUCUUUCUGUGUACAAGGAGAGCUUAGUUUCUCCCAACUCGGGUAUGACACAAGCAGAAACGGAAGAUGAAUAAAGAGAUUCAGGAAACUCUCGGGAGAGGAAGGUGAUUUUGAGGUAUAAUUAACAUACUAUCCCCUAGUAAUGAGAUAAGUUAAAGAUGAUGCGACUGUCACGCACGUACGUCUUAUCUUUUGCCUUACCUUCUGUGAUUCUGUUUUGUGUUGCUGAUAAUUUUUAUCCUUUGGUAUGUUCUUAACUAGAUUAUCAUAGGAGUAUUUUGUAAGUGUUUAAUCUUUUGCCAAGUCAACUUGUAACUUUCUAAGCAGGGCUGCGUAUUGUAUGGCUAA